AUGCUGUGGCGGGCACUUCGCAGAUUUGGUCAAAAGCUGGUACGCAGACGUGCGCUGGAGCCAGGCAUGGCAGACAGUCGCCUUGCCAGAUGCCUGAGCACCCUGGAUUUAGUGGCCCUGGGUGUGGGCAGCACCUUGGGUGCAGGUGUGUAUGUCCUGGCUGGUGAGGUGGCCAAAGAUAAAGCAGGACCAUCCAUUGUGAUCUGCUUUUUGGUGGCCGCUCUAUCUUCUGUGUUGGCUGGACUGUGCUAUGCGGAGUUUGGUGCCCGAGUUCCCCGUUCUGGGUCUGCGUAUCUCUACAGCUAUGUCACAGUGGGUGAGCUCUGGGCCUUCACCACUGGCUGGAACCUCAUCCUCUCCUAUGUUAUAGGUACAGCUAGUGUAGCCCGGGCCUGGAGCUCGGCGUUUGACAACCUGAUUGCGAACCGCAUCUCACAGACCCUGCAGGGGAGCAUCUCACUGCAUGUUCCCCAUGUCCUUGCAGAAUAUCCAGACUUCUUUGCUCUGGGCCUUGUGUUGUUGCUCACCGGAUUGCUGGCUCUGGGGGCUAGUGAGUCAGCCCUGGUUACCAAAGUGUUCACAGUGGUGAACCUUUUGGUUCUCGGUUUUGUCAUCAUCUCUGGCUUCAUUAAGGGGGACCUGCACAAUUGGAAACUCACAGAAGAGGACUACAAACUGACCAUGGCUGGACUCAAUGACACCGACAGCUUGGGCCCUCUGGGCUCUGGAGGAUUUGUGCCUUUCGGCUUCGAGGGGGUUCUCCGUGGAGCAGCUACCUGUUUCUAUGCAUUUGUUGGUUUCGACUGUAUUGCUACCACUGGUGAGGAAGCCCAGAAUCCCCAGCGUUCCAUCCCUGUGGGCAUUGUGAUUUCACUGUUCGUCUGCUUUUUGGCAUAUUUUGGUGUCUCUUCGGCACUUACGCUUAUGAUGCCUUACUACCAGCUUCAACCCGAGAGUCCCCUGCCUGAGGCAUUUCUCUAUACUGGAUGGGCUCCUGCCCGCUAUGUUGUGGCUGUUGGAUCCCUCUGUGCGCUUUCUACCAGCCUCUUGGGCUCUAUGUUCCCCAUGCCUCGGGUGAUCUAUGCGAUGGCAGAGGAUGGCCUCCUGUUCCGUGUCCUUGCCAGGGUCCACACGGGCACACACACCCCCAUCGUGGCCACUGUGGUCUCUGGCAUUAUUGCAGCAUUCAUGGCAUUCCUCUUUGAACUCACCGAUCUUGUGGACCUCAUGUCAAUUGGGACCCUGCUUGCUUACUCCCUGGUGGCUAUUUGUGUUCUCAUCCUCAGGUAUCAGCCUGAGCUGAAGAAUGAGGAGGAUGAGGUAGAGCUGCAGGAGGAGAAGAUCGCCAAAGCAGAGAAACUGACCCUACAGGGACUAUUCUGUCCACUCAACUCUGUCCCCACUCCACUGUCUGGCCAAGUUGUCUAUGUGUGUUCCUCGUUGGUUGCUCUGCUGCUCACUCUUCUUUGCCUGGUGUUGGCCCAGUGGCCCGUCCCUCUGCUUUCCGGAGACCCAGUGUGGACUGCAGUGGUUGUGCUGCUCCUGAUGCUCAUUACUGGGAUCACUGGGGUCAUCUGGAGACAGCCACAGAGUUCCACUCCCCUGCACUUUAAGGUACCUGCUUUGCCUCUCCUCCCACUAAUGAGCAUCUUUGUGAAUGUUUACCUUAUGAUGCAGAUGACAGCGGGCACCUGGGCCCGAUUUGGGGUCUGGAUGCUGAUUGGGUUUGCUAUCUACUUCGGCUAUGGGAUCCAGCACAGCCUGGAAGAGGUUAAGAAUGACCAAGCCCCACUCAAGUCUAGGGCCAAAACUGUAGACCUUGAUCUCAGCAGUGCCUGUACACAUUCGAUUUGA